AUGGACGUCAACAAAGCCCCUGGCGGCAAGCACCCCUCGCAAACCGAAACUCCCGAACCACUGCUUGAUGUCUUCAAGGCAGCAGCACUCUCCGUAACGAAGCUGUAUAAAACUUCGGCUCUGGCAGAAUCGAGAGCCAGGACCGAGGGCUAUCAGGAAUGCCUUGACGACAUCCUUGCCUUUCUAGACAGGGAAAAUAUUGGCCUCACAGACGGAGAGGGGUGGUCGAUACGGAAAUGGGCGACGGAACGUCUCCAUGGACGUGAGUCAGUGCCGCACACUACCGAAAGUGAGGACGAAACCGAACGAGCCGAGAGAACCUCGUCGCCGGAAGUAACAAGAACAAGCGCUGAACCUCAACCGUCGGCUGCUAAACGAACAGAAUCGCCCACGCCUAACACUGUUGCGAUUCCGGAGCCGAUUCCCGAAGAACCUAUGGCCAUAGUUGUACCAUCACAAGACAACUUUACCUUUCAGUCUUCGCACCCUUAUCCAAACAUUGCCACCUUGGACCUUUCGGAUUCCCGAGCUCGUGAUGGGUCAUCACAUCCACCUGCCCGAGGCUCCAAGUCAAGAAUGAGCGGACACAACUCAAAAUCAGGCCUGAGAGGAGCCGGCCAUCUAGGCAAAGGAGCUGGAACAAAGCGCCGAUGGGAUUUUGACGACUUUUUUGGAGGCUGUCUAGGAGGUAAGGAUCCACUCGGAAAUGGGGGGAAGCGCAGUCGGCAUGCUUGA